AUGGAUAUGGACCUCCCACCGUCAGAGGAUAUGCUUAAAAGCAUCUUAGGCGUGCUAGAGAGCAUUAAUGAGAAACUAGCCGUACAAGAUGAAAGAUUCAAGAGCCUUGAUGACUGCCUCAGGACAGCUGAUGUAGAGAGAGCAAUGAGCGUGUCAACCCGCUAUAACUCUCUGUCAAUCUCGAAACCGGGACUUGCGGCGGCCUCUUCUAUCGAUUCCAUGGACCCCAAUCCUUUUCAUCGGCCCCCUCGCUUGGUCAGAAGCCUCUCGCGCGACACUGCCACUCGACCCCCUUCAAUGGAGGCUGGACAUGUCGAUACGAUUCCACACCAUUCAACUGAAGCAACUGGAGCUCGUUACAAAGUUCCGGCCGUUUAUGAAUAUACUAGUGAAUUGGAUCCCGAGCUAAAAGAGAUGAUUGAUAAACACCUUGGCGACUGGUGGCGGAUUCCUGCCGACAACAGAAUACCCCUGAGGCUCUUUACGGGAACUAGCCCCGAUCACGAUCUCUGGGGUAUGGAUUUUGCCAAUCAUAGACAACAAAUACUAAAUGAUAUGCGCUUCUUGCGCGGAUUCGACGAGAAAGUAAGGGCUCUCCCCGGUAAUGACUUUCUCAUCAUCGAUUACGAUCAGAGGGACUUUGCCAGAAUGUACAGGGUAGGGGAGCGAGCUAUUGGAGCCGAGUUGGGGACCGGUCCUGAGAAGUCGUCGGUCGCUGCAUGGUCAUGGCUAAUCUUAUAUCAGGGUAUGACUACUGGGGAUAGUAUUAAUCUCCAGAGGAAAGACCAAAGCGACUCAUCAACACAGCUUAUCCCUUACUUCGAGCAUGGCAAUCCAAGCAGUAGCUUGUGGAGUCAUAUAUCCAGCCACAUGCAACUGAAAUGUAGGGAUACUACGACGAAUCCUUACUUGGAUUUGCGACUUGGCUUUCACACAACCUUUUAUGAGAUUCGAGAGACGACUAGUUCACAGAUGAGGGAGCUUUGGAAAUAUGGCCCAUUGUAUGACCAUCCCCUGGGCUGGAGCUUCCGAAAGAGUGCCUACACCUUAUAUACUCCUCGGUUGUCGGAUGUUUCCGCAAUGGAAUCCAGUGGGCACAGUCACUCUAUCAAGGGUUGGUCUGCACUCCUCCUUUCACCAGAAGGGUUUUUUAGCAAGGACAGUCUCAAUAUCCCAGCGAAGGCUUCUGUUCGCGAAAAGGCGCAGAUCCUUGGAGAGUGGCUAGGCAAACUUACACCUCUCGGGUCCGAGAUGGCGCUUAUAAGUCAAGGGAUGAGACGAAUCAGUGAUCGAUGGGCGGAGUUCCAGUCUUUCUUCGACUUUAUUCUUGAUCAUGGAGACUCCCUCAUGCAGCCGUCGGAGCAUGAUAAUCUGCUGUUUGACGAUGGAUCCUUUUCUAGGUCCAGACGAUACUUUUGGGCCAUAGACUGCUUGUCUGAAUUGGAGCUAAGUAUCACUGACAACAUCGCUCAAUGGGAGAUGUACAGAGAUGCUCGUAUAAAGCCAUUCGUUGACUCAGGACAGUUGCCGGCUCUUGACUAUCGACAUUAUAACAAUGCAGAGAAGUAUUGCCACGUUUUAAAGAACCAACGUGAAUACUUCCGACGCAAGCUGGAUUCUACGAAGGCGUUGAGGGAUGCUCUCUUUAAUGCAAGUGCAGUCAUUGAAAGCAGAGCUUCCACACGACUGGGAGAGAACGUCAAGAUCUUGACUUUUGUCAGCAUCCUUUUCCUUCCACUUAAUUUCUGCACGGUGAGCUCUCGAUUCACAAAAAAACCUUACCCUCAGAAGAAUACAAAGGCUAGACUCUGUCGCGUCCAGCUGCUGUCAAUGUUACUCCACCCCGGCAGGCCCGAUACUGAUCUCGUUCAGUCUCUCUGGAGUAUCAACGACACGUUCUCAACGACAGCUUUUAUUAUCGUCAUCGUCAUCGUUGCCUUGACAACCUACGCCGUGGUCUUCAACGUCAACAGCCUCGUCCAUACCUUCAGCUUCGUCUACGACACUAAGAAACGAAGACUCGUCAACGCCAUGAAAUCAGACCCAGACGAAGGAUGGAAGCAGCGAGGCCAGCGUUUCGAAGUCUUCCGACCAAAACAUGAAGACACAAAGCCUUCCGAGUGGUACAUCACCCUUUAUGCAAUACUAAAUCUGGCAACCUUCUUAGGGCUCGGACGGCGAGAUCGGCGCCGCGAAAAUCGGGCCCUCGAAGACAGCAGUUUGCAGUCUUCCAGCUUUCACUUCUCCCGUAUCACCAAUUACUUCACGAGACGGAGGGUAGCCAGGAAGCCUGAACUGCCAGGGGAUUCGUGGCGGCAGGAUGAGCCCUGGGUUUUGUUACCAAUCUACAAGCCUCGUAGGCAGCAUGUUACGCAAUGA